CAUUAGGACCUGGAGGAGUGAACUCAUUUUCCACAGUAACUGGAGCAUGGGGGCGGAGGGCUUCUGUGUCUGUCCUCCUGGAGAACGCAAUCACAGCUUCUCAUUUCAACUCCCCUUUCCAGAAGUUUCCUCGCAUUGCAGGACAGAUUUCCGACCGUGAAGGCCGACACGCACGACGACGGUCUCCUAUAAGGGAAACACAAUCACGUCUUGAAAACCAUGUGGGUGAAAUUCCUGGUGGGCCUUUGCCUGUUGGCCAGCGUCGGAGCAGACAAGAAGCUCAGCAGCCAUGCAACCAUCCUGGCAGACAACAGCGCCAACCUGGCCUUCGACCUGUACCACAACAUGGCCAAAGAGAAAGACAUGGAGAAUAUCUUGAUUUCCCCUGUGGUGGUGGCUUCCUCGCUGGGUCUGGUGGCUCUUGGUGGAAAGGCCUCCACGGCAUCGCAGGUGAAGACAGUCCUCAGUGGCAAUAAAGUGAAGGAUGAGAAUCUCCACUCGGGCCUGGCUGAGCUUCUGAGCGAGGUUAGCAACCCUAAAGAGCGUAAUGUCACCUGGAAGAUAACCAACCGGCUGUACGGCCCCAGCUCGGUCAGCUUUUCUGAGGACUUCGUGAAGAACAGCAAGAAGCACUACAAGUACGAGCACGCCAAGAUCAACUUCCGUGACAAGAAGAGCGCCGUCAAUGCCAUCAACGAAUGGGCUUCCAAGUCUACUGAUGGCAAGCUACCUGAGGUCACCAAAGAUGUUGAGAAGACGGAUGGCGCCAUGAUCAUCAAUGCUAUCUUCUACAAACCUCAUUGGGAUGAACAAUUCCAUCACCAGAUGGUUGACAACCGUGCCUUCCUCGUCCAUCGCUCAUACACAGUGUCCGUACCCAUGAUGCACCGCACAGGUAUCUACGGCUUUUACGAUGACACCGCCAACAGCUUCUUCGUCCUGGAGAUGCCACUGGCUCAUAAGAAAUCAUCCGUAAUCUUCAUCAUGCCCUACCAUGUGGAGUCUCUGGAGAGGCUGGAAAAAAUGCUGACGCGUAAACAGCUGGACAUCUGGCAGUCUAAGAUGGAGCAGAAAGCCGUGGCCGUCUCUUUGCCGAAGAUCAGCAUGGAGGUCAGCCACAAUUUGCAGAAAUAUCUCGGAGAACUUGGUGUAACCGAGGCCGUGGAUAAAACCAAGGCUGAUUUAUCCAACAUCUCAGGAAAGAAAGACCUUUACCUGGCCAACGUCUUUCAUGCCUCCGCCUUUGAGUGGGACAUUGCUGGCAACCCUGCAGACACCAGCAUCUUCGGCACGGACAAGGUGAAGAACCCGAAACUGUUCUACGUGGACCAUCCGUUCAUCUUCCUGGUGAAAGAUAAGAGCACAGGCUCCAUCCUCUUCAUCGGCAGGCUGGUCCGGCCCAAAGGCGAGAAGAUGAGAGACGAAUUAUAACUGACUUCAGUGCAACUUUGAAUUGAAUUAUAUGGAUAGCAUGGGUGCAUGUGUAUGUGUGUGACUGUGUGUGUGAGAGUGAGAGAAUGUGAGCGUGUGUGUGUGUGUGUGUGGUUGUGUGUGGCAUUAACUUUUGACUGAACCAGCAGAGGACUGUUACCUCAAGAGGACAUUCCAAAAGAUCUGUGGACCACCACCAGUGUGUUUGAGGCAUGUUCUGUCCUAAACACACACCAUGUUAGACACAAAGCAGUGUGUACUCCGAGAAAGCGAUCCGACUCAGACGAAAGUGUGCAUUAGAGUGUGUGUGUUUUAUUGAACCUUUCCAUUCGAGGUUUUACAAAGUGUAAGGAAAUCGGUGAAAGAAAAUGCAAAACCUUCCACUAAAUACGUUUGUGAAUAUUCUGAAAACAAGUCUGACAAGAUGACGUCAUCAAAACAGUUCUGAUGCUUUUCCAAUAUUGUUUGACCGCCCUUGUUGUCUUCCCCUUGAGUCUAUAUCACUUGCAGCUUACACAAACUCGAAUUUGGUAGCAAAAAUAAUGUAGUUAAAGCGAUUUCUUUGGAGGUCUGUGUGGUUUAUUUUCUUCACAUUAUGUGCAAAUUUUCCUGUUGAUUAGUUGAUUAGCAUCUAUAUUACCUACAUUUGAAUUUUUUUUAAAGCUAGCAUUCUCAUGGCCUAGCUUGCUAGCUAACUAGCAGGAUGUACAUCUUGUUAUGAUUAUUCUGCUUUACAUUUAUAAACAAAAACAUUCCAAAACAUUCCUUCUGGGAAGGAAAUUGCAUCAGACUGCAAUGCCUUUUGGGUAACGUCUCACUUACCCAUGAGUCUCCCUCGGGUCUUCAAGAGCUAGCAAACUUCACUUGACCUAAUAAAGAAGUGGAUCAGCUCUCAAAAUGGCAGAGGGGAUUCCCUCAAUGGGAAGCCGAUAAGGGUGUGAGAAAUACAAUAUUGCCACACACAUUCGAUAUGUCAUCUGAUUUAUUGCCUUUUCCUGCAUCUACUCUUUAUUUAUACAACAUUUCCAUGCCUGUCAAAGCGGGAAGGCUUAUUUUUCUUCAGGAUAAAGAUUGUCAAAAGCAUGGAUGCACGGUCACAUGCUAAUAUUAUGCAUGAUUUCCGAGGUACAUCCUUUAACAGCAUUCUCUCAGGGUUUUAGCUUUUCUUGUACAUGCCUGAACGGCCUUGCUGAGUUACAAUAUAUGAAAGAUGAUCUGGGUUUGUGAAAUAUCUCGUAAUAUCUGAAGGAUUUUACAAAGUGCACACAGAGUACAUUCCUGUCGACCCUCAGAUACACCAUCGUGUCUGGCCUGGUUGCAGUCCGCACUGAAAAUGCUCCUCUGCACUAGAAAACCUGUGAUUGACUGAAUUUGUUGAUCGGCCUAGCUAUGAAAUUGUUUUCCGAUAAAUUGUGUGUUCCAAUUCCCCCCUCCAAUAAAAUCUGCACCACUGAAA